UGAAAACCAAUGAUAAAUUCAUGAUUUUAUGGGGAGUUUCACACGGUCCUGGGGUUUGCUGUCGCAGUUGCUGCUAUUUCAUUUCAUAUUGACAAGCAACAUGAAGCAUAUUUUCUUAUUAAUUUGCAUACGUAUGUUCGUUGGUUGUGGCGGUGAUGUUAUAAGAACAAGGAAAGUGUCUUCAGUUUUCUGUACUUUCAAAGAGAAAACGUACAGUCCAGGAGACAGCUGGCAUCCUUAUCUGGAACCCUUUGGAUUCAUGUUUUGUAUGCGCUGUUCCUGCACUAAGACAGGCCAUGUGAAAUGUAACACAAUUAAGUGUCCUACUCUGCAGUGUGAGAACCCAGUGACUGACUCUGAGCAGUGCUGCCCUCGCUGUACAGAUGAGCCGAGGAUUCCAGCUGGCCUGAGAGCCCCGGUGAAGUCCUGCAAGUAUAAUGGAACUGUCUACCAACCGGGGGACACCUUUGCCAACCACGACCUCUUCCCAUCUCGCCAAACCAGCCAGUGUGUUAUGUGUACAUGUUCUAAUGGAAAUAUCUUCUGUGCUCUGAAAACUUGCCAGCCACUGACCUGCUCCUCGCCAUUCUCAGUCCCAGAUACCUGCUGUCUAGUGUGCAAAGAUGGCGGCAUUAAUGGGUACUCAUCAGUGGAGCAUAGAGGCCAACAGCUGAACCGAGGCGUUAGGCAUUCAUUGGACCAGUGUGCUGGAGAGCAGCUCCAAGGGCGCUCUGUCCGUUCUACUCCAUCCACAGUCCGGGGUACUCCCAGAGGCCUGAGCCUGCCCAAACUCCACUUCAAAGGUGCUGCAGAGACCACUGUGAAUUUCCUGCUGCAGAAAAGCCACCAGAAGGCAUGCCAAUACAGCGGCAAGACCUACUCUCAUGGUGAUGUGUGGCACCCAGUCCUGGGGAAGGUCCUGGAGUGCAUCCUGUGUACCUGUAAGGAUGGCAUGCAGGAUUGUAAACGCCUCACAUGUCCCAGCCAGUAUCCAUGCCAACAUCCCAUGAAAACCGAGGGGAAGUGCUGCAAGAUUUGUCCAGAACUUAAAGCUGAGAGCAACGGGACUGACUGUUACAUGAACACGAAUCUUGGACAUGACCAUAACAAACUCUCGGUGUACAAAGUUAAGCCGCCGUCAAAGGAUCAGACCGAGGACACCGUUAGGAUAAUUGCUAUUGAAAGUCAAGGGACGGCUGAAGUUGAAGUGAGUUUUACAAUGAAUGGAAACGGGAGAAGUUCUGAAGAAAGAUCUUCUAGAUAAUCCAGAUAACUACACCUUACUGGCAACAUUAGAUGAAGAGACUUGGAAAAGAUUCAAGGAGGAAGAAGACAAUC